AUGGCUGUCGCUCUCUCUGACGUCGUCGCCUCCAACCAACGCAUCGACUCCACUUUUCCUCACGGCCUGGUCGCCGUCUUCGUCGGAGCGACCAGCGGCAUCGGCGAAUACACGUUGAAGGCGUUGGCCAAAUAUGCCACCAAGCCGCGGGCCUACAUCGUCGGUCGGUCCCAAGAUGCGGCGGAUCGUAUCAUCAGGGAAUGCAAACAGUCGAAUCCCAGCGGCACAUUCGAGUUCAUCAAAGCCGACGUGAGCGUCCUGAAAACCGUCGACGAUGUCUGUCGCCAGAUCAAGAGCAAGGAAACUGCAAUAAACAUCCUUUUCGAAAGUCAAGGCACCAUGGCUUUCGACAAAAAAACAUCUGAUGGCCUACCUCUUGCCUCGGCGCUUAUACUUCACUCGCGCAUGCGAUUCAUCCUUAAUCUUCUCCCUCUCCUCCAGAAUGCACAGUCCCUCCGCCGUGUGGUUAGUGUCGGGGCGGCGACAUGUGAGGGACCCAUCGACAUGGAUAACAUGCUCGCACAAAACGUCCCCUUGAUGCAGUGGCGCAACCAGAUCGCAUCUAUCGAGACGCUGCUGCUAGAGGAAGCUAUGCGACGAGCCCCCGAUGUCAGUUUCAUUCACGAUGUGCCGGGUGUGGUCAAGAGUGGCAUCCAGCGGGAGGCGAAAGGGCUACGCAUGACCAUUUUGAUCGCUAUAUCCCGCCUCCUGGCUCCCUUGAUCGAAACCCCUCCUCUGGAGUCUGGCGAGCGACAUCUCUUUCUGGCCACAAGUGCCAGGUAUCCUCCAGGUCGGAAUGAAGCGGCCGUGGCGGGCGUAUCAUUACAUAGGAGCCUAGUACUCGCCAGGGGGACCCUCGGACGUGAAGGGAGCGGCGUGUAUUCGCUGGGUGCCAAAUGCGAGAGCGCUCCGGCCAAGGUCGAGACGUUGCUGGCUGAGUUUAGAGAGAGCGGCACAGCCCAGAAAGUUUGGGAUUCCGUUGCAGAUGAUUUCAAGAAGAUCACUGGGACAGAGGUAGCACCAUAA